AUGACAAGCCAUAGUAAUAAUAAUAUUGCUGAUAAUGACCCUUUUGGAUAUCUUGAAUCAGAUCUACGAAAGUUCUAUAAUUUAAAAGAUUUAAAUCCAAUGAACUCAUGGGUCAAUGAUUCAAUUCUUCAAUUUGAUUUAAAUAAAUAUUAUAGUAAUAAUGACAGUGGUAAUGUCAUUGGUGAUAGCGGUAGUGACAAUAAUGAUGCUGUUGUCCCUAAAAAUACUGGCUACUCUAUGAUUAAUAGUUUAGAUAUGGAGUCUGUUGAUUCCAAUUUAUAUGAAAUUUUAAAAGAUUUAGUAGAUAAACAACAAAUAAUUAAUAACCAUAGUAACAGUAACAAUAAUGGCAUGAUAGAUGAUAACGACAUGCAAACUGGUCAAUAUUUUCAAGAUGUUAAAGAUCCAUUGAAUCAAAAACAUCUAUUAAAAGAUUUCAUAACUAACAAUUCUUUAACACAAGAUAAUAAUAAUAACAAUAAUAUUCGUUCGUACUUAAUAAAUCAAAAGAGUUUUGAUGUUAAAAAAUUUUUGAAAGAUAUCCAUUCAAAGGACACUUUCCAAGACUUAACAAAAUCUUUAGAUGAUUUGAAUCUUGAUUUACAAUCGCAAUCAGUUUAUUUACAAAAUUUGGUCGAAAAAAAUUUUAUUAAAUAUGUAAAGAUCAAAAAUAGAUUGGAUUCUAUCUAUAAACAAUUUUAUCAAAAUACUUCAACAUCAGGAGUAAACAACAACAGCAAUACUAGUAUUGGUAAAACAACAUUUUCAACUGCUGAUAACCCAACAAACAAUCCCAUGAAUAUUGACGUAGAAAAUUUAAAUGAAAGGGUCAAGGAAUCUAUUAGAUCCAUUAAUUUAAAAUUGAAACCCUUGAUCGACACGAAAACAAAAAUUAACAACUAUAGCUUAACGAAACAGUUUAUUGAAUACAAUAAAGAUUAUUUUAAUUUACCUAAAGAUUUAAAUAAUUUAUUGUAUUCAAAUGACUACCAAAAUUUUAUUCUACAAUAUAAUAAAGGUGUAAGAUUAUAUGAAGAUUUAAAUAAUACAUAUGAUUUAAUUCCAUUGAAUGAGAAAAACUCAGACCAAAAACAACGACAGACCAAAAUCAUUGAAUUAAUUUGGAAUCAAGUAGAAAAUAUCCGUAACUCUUAUAGAGAUCAAAUAUGGAAUAAACUGAUUAAUUCUUCAAUUAAUGAGUCCAAUGAAUUUAUACCAUUACUUUCAAAAUUAUUGGAUUUAAAAAUCGAAUCUAAUCCAAUACCGGAUUUAGUUCAUAUCUGUCUAACUAAUAUUGAAAAUGACUUUAUUCAAAUCAUUAAAAAAUCUUUUAAGAAAAUUAUUGUUGCACAAAAAAAUAUUUUAAAUAUUAAUGUCAAUGAUAUUGAUUCAAACAACAGUAACACCACCAAUGAACUUCAAUUUGAUGAAAAUGAUGGCGUUGACCUUUCAUAUUACACUUUAAUUAAUGAGAAUAUUAUAAUAUCACCUUAUUCAAGAACAACCACAACAACAAGUAUUAUGGAUGGUGAAAUUUCAAAUUACGAACGAUCACACAAUUCUACUGAUUUUUUUACUUUUUCUAACAUCUCUAAUCUAGGCCAUUCUUCUAGACAAAAUUUAAAAGAGUCUUCAACACCAAUUUUAUCUAGUGUUUUAACUGAUUCACCUCUAGUCAUCGAGAUGUGGUUGAUUAUUUUGAAAUAUAUCAACGAUCUAACUGUUACAAUAAACAAAUUUAUUGAAUCAUGGGAAAAUAUAGAUAAAUUUUUAAAUAAUACAUAUCAAAGAAUGUUAGCUAAUGAUAAAAGAAAGGACGAUAUUUUAAUUGAAGAUAAUGUAAAAGCUAAAAAUAAUGACUACCAUCAUUAUAACAAUAAAUUAACUAAUGGUGCAUCUCAUCACAAUGGUACAGAAGUUUCAAUUGAUGAAAUCGAGGAAUUUUUAAAAUUAACACAGGAAGAGAAAGAUGAAAUUAAACACAAAGGUGAAAAAAUAAUUAAUCUUUUAUGUAAUAAUCUAUUAUCGUUUUUCCAGUCAACACAAGAGACUUUACCAUCUGUAAAUAUCAAAAAUGAUACAAUCACCACAGAUUUUACUAACAAUCUUAAUGAAGGGACUGACAAUAACCAGUAUGGUGUACCCUCAAACUAUGGAUUUAUCCCUCCAAGAGCCAAUGGACUAAGUUGCCUAAGAUAUUUACCUCUGAUCCUUGAACCAAUGUUAAAGAGCUUUAGUAAUAUAGCUCAGUUAAAUAUCGAUUCUUCAAUAAAUUCAUCAAUUAAACAAUUAUCCACUAUAAUAAUUGAAAGAUGUAUUGGUGCACUCUCUUCUACAAAAUUAAGGGAUAUAUCGAGAUUUUAUCUGCUAGAAGAUUGGAAAAUAACUACAAAGAUUCAAGAAAUCAUCGAUAACCGUAAUUCAAGCACCACUACUACUAAUAAUUAUUAUGAGAAUGAAAAAAGUGAAAAGAACUAUGAAUUUGGAGUCACAGGUCUUCCUGAUAUUGUUCUUGGGUUUCAACAAUUUAGUAUUCAAACAGUAAGAGACAUUUUAUUUGCAUAUGAAAGGUUACCCACUGUAAACAACAUUUGUAUUGUUAGUCCACCAACCAAAAAAAUGCUAAUUGAUGUAGAAAUACAACAAAUUAUUUCAUUAGAAGCUGUUCUAGAAGCAAUUUUGAAGAAUGCAACAAAGGAUAAAAAUAACCCAAGAAAUGUUCAUACUUUAUUAACAUUAACAAACUUGGAAUAUAUCAAAGAAGUUACAUUCCCAGAGACGUUAAAUUACUUUGAUGAUCUAUUUGAAUGGAAUCUUAAAGAUAAACCUUUAGAGAUUUUUAAUCUUUUAGAUAAAAUGGAGAAAUCAAUUUUUGGGAAUUAUAUAUCUGAUUUGAAGAUAAAUUUAAAGAAUAUUUUAGAAAGCAAAUUCCAUCAAAUUGAUUGGAUAAAUUAUACAUCCAACUCUUUUAGAGUCAGCGAUUAUAUUAUUGAAAGUUUAAUGUUUUUGAUUACUAUCCAUAGUGAAUGUUUUAAAGUUGGACCACAAUUAAUCAACAAGAUAUUAAAGGAGACUCAAUUGUUUAUCUCUAAAUACCUUUUCGAAUCAUUUAAACCAUAUGUUGGUAAGAUUUCAUCAGAUGGACUACUCCAACUUUGUGUAGAUAUAACAUUUUUCCAAGAAGUAUUAGGUAAAUUAUUGGAACAAGAAACCAAAGUAACGUUAAAGGCUUGUUUACAAAAUUGUUUCCAAAACCAUAUUGAAAAAAUGGAUAAAUGUGUUAUUGAUAUGGAACCAAUUGUUCAGUCAAAUCUAAAUAGAACGGAGAUACAAUUUGCUGCUUUUAAAUGA